AUGUCUGCGCAGGCCAUCCAAAAAGUUGCCAUUGUUGGUGCUACUGGCCGCAUCGGGGGUGCAUUUGCUAAAGCACUUGUGGAGGGUGGCAAGCACACUGUCACAGCAUUGACUCGCGAGGACGGAGGCGGAAAGCUCCCUGGGGGUGUUCAUGUUGCUAAGGUGAACUACGACGACGAAGCUUCUAUUACCAACGCUCUCAAGGCGUCAGAGCCCCCCCAAGAUCUGCAUAAGAGGAUUGCAGAUGCAGCAGGCAAGGCCGGCGUUUCUCUUAUUAUGCCGAAUGCCUAUGGCUACCCAAUCGCUGCUGGAGGCCCCCAGGAGGGGGAUGCGUAUGGAAAGGUAGCCAUUGACCGGGUCAACGAAACCAAAAAUGGUAUCUCUUCUUCAAUCAAGCUAUCUUGUGGUUUCUGGUAUGAGUGGAGCUUGGCUACAGGCGAGCAAUGGUUCGGCUUUACGAUCAAGAAUCGCAAGGUCACCUUCUUCGAUGAGGGAAAGCGGACUAUCACUGUUAGCACUUGGGACCAAUGUGGCCGGGCUCUGGCUGCCCUCCUAAGUCUUCCGGAGUCUGGCUCAAGCCCUUCACUCGCCGAUUAUAAGAAUGGAAAUUGCUCCAUCUAUAGCUUCCGAGUGUCCCAGCGAGAUAUUUUGGACAGCCUCCACCGAGUCUUGGGCACAACUGACUCCGAUUGGGAGAUUACAUACGAGUCGGUCGAGAAGCGCAUCAAAGAAGGUGCCGAGGAGUCUUCUAAGGGUCAAAUCACUGGUUUUGUCAAAACAAUGUAUGGAAAGGUCUUUCUGGAUUCCACCGAAAUGAGUGACUUUGCGGCCAAGGGCUCGGAGAAUAUUUCCCUGGGGCUUCCCCAGGAAGAUCUCGACGAAGCAACAAAGAGAACAGUGGAGAUGGUCGAGAACGGCUGGAACCCUUUCGGAUAG